AUGUCUAGAUUCUUAAAGCCAUUGCAAGAAUUCCUUGCCUCCAAAGCAGAUUUCAGGAUUGUUUACUCAACUGCAUCAUCAUCACAAGGAACUCCGGAGUUUAUAACCAAUUCAACACAACGGGUUUGUGUACUUGACUCUUCGUUCAAUCCUCCUCAUUUGGCUCAUUUUGCUAUAAUUGAGGAGCUGUUGAAGUCCAAUUACGAUGGUGUUCCCCUCAACAACAAGGUUUUACUAUUAUUAUUAUCGGUACAAAAUGCUGACAAGUUGCAUCCUCAACCUGAAUCAUUUGAUCAACGAUUAGCAAUGAUUCAUUUAAUGGCUGAUCAUAUUGCUGCCAAUUUCCCAAUUACAGUUGCUAUUGGACUAACCAAACAAGCAAUGUUUGUAAAUAAGUCAUUGUCAAUCUUAAACUACCUUGACGCAGAGCCGCAACAAACAAUUAAACCAGGUUUUAAAUUGACUUUUCUAAUUGGGUUUGAUACCUUGAUUAGGAUACUUAACCCCAAAUACUAUUUACCGGACAAGUUGUCAGUAUCAUUGGAACAUUUUAUGAAGAUGACAGAUUUAGUUUGUUUAACAAGGCAUAGUGAAACAGUCACUAUAAACCAACAACUGGUUUAUGUAAAGGAGAUUUCACUUGGUCAACACGAAGAAAUUCCUAGCCAUUGGUCAAAAAACAUCUUCAUAUUGAGAAACAUGAAUGAAAAAGUAGCUACAUUUAGUAGCUCAGGCAUAAGAAAGGAAAUAUUACUGGGUGACCCUGAAUGGAAGAAGCAAGUUUUGCCAGAGGUUGCAAAUUACAUUGAGGAAAACAAUCUUUACAAAGAGAAACAGGGCUGA